AUGGCAGAUGAGAUCCAACCCUCCUCGAAGAAACGACGUUUAGACAACAGCUACACCCCGCGAUCAGACACCGCCUCGUCCGACGAACUCGCGGGUAAUUCCGAUGUCGAACGUAGAAGAGAAAACUGGGGCGGUCACACUCCCGACGUUUACAGAUCUCCCUUAGAACAUCAACAAGGGGAUUCUGUCAGUCUCAGUGGCAGCCGCAGUCAGUCAGGCAGUCCAGAUGAGCUGGCGGAAGAUGCCAGUUCAUACUGGCAACGGAGAAGGUCCGGGAUAAAUAGUAUGCCAUCGUCACGAGAAAACACUCAACAAGAAAGCCUUCGUGGAGAUGAAUCAGAGGGAGCUAUGUUUGAGCGUGAAACUCGGGAAUGCGUAGAUGGACGGCCGUCAUCACAAACGCCAACUCCACUUUCGCAGGAGCCUCCACCCAAACCUGAACGAUUAUACUAUAAAGAAAAGUUUAUUCUACAAGGGCAUCAACUGGGGGUGUCGGCCGUUAAGUUCUCUCCAGAUGGGUCUAUGAUUGCUAGUUGCUCUGCAGAUGCUACGAUAAAAAUAUGGGAUACAGCCACCGGACGGCUUAUUCACACAUUCGAAGGGCAUUUGGCCGGUAUUUCUACAAUAUCAUGGAACCCGGAUGGAGCUAUAAUAGCCUCAGGAUCUGAUGACAAGUCCAUUAGACUGUGGCAUGUCCCAACGGGGAAACCCCACCCUAACCCAUUCCUCGGCCACCACAACUACAUAUACUCCGUUGCCUUCUCCCCGAAAGGAAAUAUGCUCGUCAGUGGCUCAUAUGAUGAAGCUGUGUAUUUAUGGGACGUCCGAUCCGCACGAGUGAUGCGCUCACUCCCUGCCCACUCGGACCCCGUUGCCGGUGUUGAUGUUGUUCGCGAUGGCACUCUCGUUGUUUCAUGUGCCAGUGAUGGCCUUAUUCGUAUAUGGGACACCGCCACUGGACAAUGUCUGCGGACACUUGUGCAUGAGGACAAUCCCCCUGUCUCAGCAGUGAAAUUUUCACCAAAUGGCAAGUAUGUGCUAGCAUGGACACACGACGACUGCGUUCGGUUAUGGGAUUAUGUCGAAGGCCGUUGUAUCAAGACCUAUCAGGGACAUAAAAAUAAAAAAUACAGUCUUUCGGGUGCCUUUGGGGUAUAUGGUGCACCCGGGGGCGGAGUUUCAGCUUUUGCAGCGAGCGGGAGUGAAGAUGGGGCAGUUCUUUGCUGGGAUGUGGUUAGUAAGAAGGUGUUGCAGAAGUUGGAGGGCCACUCUGACGUUGUCUUGGAUGUCGACACGCACUGCUCCGGGGAAAAUAGGCUAAUGGUAAGCUGCGGUUUGGAUCGGACGAUACGAGUCUGGGAAGAAGAUCGAUCUCCUUCAAAGCUAGAGGAGCAGGCAGAGACAAGGGAUGAGUCGCUCGAAGACGAACCGUUGGUUCCGGAAUAUAAUGCUCAAAAUACCGUGGAUUUUGGCGAUGUAGGAGUGGAUGUUGACGGCGACGCCUCAAUGGGACCAUGA